UAAUGUCAAAUAAAAUAGUGCAAAUGUAAAAGGGAUUCUUUCCUUUUGAAAAGCAUGUCAUGUCAGUGUAUUUGCUGAGUGAAAUUUAUAUUAAGGAUUAUUCUACAACAUAUGUUAACUCAAAUAUUCAAAGCUUGGAAUAGUGAUCGCAAAUAUCUGAAAAAUAUAAAAUGGGUAAAGCGAAAAAAGGUCGCAAAGGAGGAAAAGGAGACAUAAGUGAUUCCGAUGAAGAGACCCAGACAACUACAGUAGAGACUACUGAAAAAAUUGCUCCUAAGAAAAAAGCCGAAAAAGUUGCUAAGGAUUCAACUGAAAAAAGCAAUGGUGAUUCUAAAAAGGAGAAAAAGACCAAAUUGAAAAAAACAAAGAGUAAAGACUCAGAUUCUGAUGAAGAGGAAGUUUUGGUCUCUAAAGUUCAAAAAUCUUUCGCUCUUCUUGGUGUAGAAGAUGAUGGAUCUGACGAUAAUAUCAAUGAUGCUGAUAGUGACAUUGAAAAAGAAGUGAAACAAAAGUCAAAAUCAACUAAGGAUGGUGAAAAGUCCAAGGAACAAGGGGGCAAAAAAGGAAAAAAAGCUAAAAGGAAAAAGGAAGAUAGUGAUGAAGAGAUUGAAAGAGCUCUGGCAGAAAUAGCAAGAGAAAAUGCUGGCAUAAAAGAAGAUGCUAAAGAUUCUGCUGCUCAAUCAAAUGACAUGGUUGAAAAUCUAGAAUCUUCUGAUAAUAAGAAAUUAAAGAAAAAGAAAAAAGAUAAACAACCAAAUGAGGAACCUGUAGAAAGUAAAGAAAACGAAAAGGACGUGGCUGAUGAAAACUCAACAGGUGCCAAAUCUGCAGCUCAAAAGAAAAAAGAAAAGAAAGAAAAGCAAAAGAAAACUGCAAAAAAACCUAGUGGGGAUACUGCAGAAGGAGCGGCUGUUGAAGUAAGUCAAGUUCCUGAAACUAAAGAAGUAGCAGCAGAUGCAGAAGCUGAACAGGAAAAUGAUAAAGAUUCUAAAAAAAAAAAGAAAAAGGGAGCCAAGGACGAGAAAGAAGCUAAAGAUGCCAAGAAAGGCCCCGGAAAAAAGGCUUUGGCUGCUAUGCAAGAGGCUUUGCAAAAAAUUAAAGAAGAGGAAGAUCGCCUUAAACGCGAAGAGGAGGAAAGGAUAAAGAGAGAAGAAGAAGCAGAGAAAGCUAGACUUGAAGCUCUGAGAUUAGAACAAGAGAGGAAAGAAAGGAAGAAGCAAAAAGAGAAAGAACGUAAAGAAAGAUUAAAAGCUGAAGGAAAGUUACUGACUGCUAAGCAGAAAGCUGAUCGGGCUAGAGCCCAGGCUCUAAUUGAUAGUUUGAAAGCACAAGGUGUGGAGCUUCCAGAUGUUGGUACCAAGAAACCUAGGCCAGGGACCAGAGUUAAACCUACCAAACAGAAACCACAACCUAAAGAAGAAAAGCCUCAAGAGGAACCUGAAAAAGAGGAGGAAGCAGCAGCUCCAGUUCAGGUAGAGAUUGUUGAAACAACUCCGGAAGUUGUUGAACCACAAGUAGAGUCGGAAGAUGAUGUGAAAGAUGCUUGGGAUGCAUCAUCUGAAGAGGAAGAAGAUAAUUCUGACGAAUUACCUGCAGAGUCCAAAAAGGAAAAUCCAAAAUCAUCUGAAGAAAAGAACAAAGGUGACGAGGAAGAAGACAGUAGUUCAGAAGAAACAGAAACUGAAGAUUCUGAAUCAGAAGAUGAGGAAGAUGAGGAUGAUCGAACUCCAGCGCAGAAGGCUAGAGAUAAGGCUCUAGAAAGAAUAAAGCUGAGAAAAGAAGCAGCCGAAAAGAAUAGAAGUCUUGACAAUUUAAGGGCAGCUAUUGUUUGUGUGUUAGGUCAUGUAGAUACUGGUAAAACUAAAAUUUUGGACAAACUGAGAAGAACAAAUGUGCAAGACGGAGAAGCUGGUGGUAUCACUCAACAAAUUGGUGCAACGAAUGUACCAAUAGACGCUAUCAAAGAAAAUAUAAGAAUAGUUAAAGGGGCUAACGAAAUGACUCUCAAAAUACCUGGUCUGCUCAUUAUCGACACGCCCGGUCACGAAUCUUUCAGCAAUCUCAGAAAUCGGGGAUCUUCUCUCUGUGAUAUAGCCAUCUUGGUUGUAGACAUUAUGCACGGUCUCGAACCUCAAACGAUAGAGUCCAUCAACAUCCUGAAGAAGAGGAAAACGCCUUUCAUUGUAGCACUGAAUAAAAUCGAUAGGCUGUACGAUUGGAACACCAUGAAUAGAAAGGACAUUAGGGAUAUUUUGAAGGCGCAGGCGCAGAACACACAAAACGAAUUCGAGACCCGUACUAAAGAUGUUAUCGUGCAGUUCGCUCAGCAAGGUUUGAACGCUGCUCUUUUCUACGAGAAUCCAGACUCACGAAGCUACGUUUCUUUGGUGCCUACCAGUGCCAUAACUGGAGAAGGAAUGGGAAAUUUGUUAGCCCUCAUAGUGGAAUACUGUCAAACUAGACUUCCUCAGCGAUUAAUGUACUCAGACGAAUUACAAGCCACAGUAUUGGAAGUGAAAGCGAUAUCAGGACUGGGAACCACGAUUGACGUGAUUUUAGUGAACGGUACUCUCCGGGAAGGAGAUACAAUGUUAAUUGCUGGUACCGAUGGGCCAAUUGUUACGCAAAUCAGAAGUUUGCUGAUGCCCCAACCCAUGAAAGAAUUGCGUGUUAAGAAUGCAUAUAUCGAAUAUCGCGAAAUCAAAGCAGCACAAGGAGUGAAGAUAGCUGCUAAGGAAUUGGAGAAGGCUAUCGCAGGUCUGAAUCUCUUCAUUGCCAACAAGCCGGAUGAGGUGGAUAUUCUGAAAGAAGAAGUAGCCAAAGAACUCAAAUCGGCUCUAUCCAAUAUUAAGCUACAGGAGAGAGGUGUUUAUGUGCAGGCAUCCACCUUAGGAUCUUUGGAAGCCCUUUUGGACUUUUUAAGGACCAGUAAGAUACCGUAUUCUGGAAUAAGAAUCGGUCCUGUAGUUAAAAGGGACAUCAUGAAGGCGUCUAUAAUGUUGGAACACGAUAGCCAGUACGCAACCAUCCUGGCCUUCGACGUCAAGAUUGAGAAGGACGCUCAAGAAUUGGCCGAUAGUUUGGGCGUCAAGGUGUUCCAAGCCGACAUCAUUUACCAUCUUUUCGACAAGUUCAUGGCCUACAGGGAGGAACUGAAGGCUAGGAAACGGGAAGAAUUCAAACACGUGGCUGUGUUCCCUUGUAAAUUGAGGAUUUUACCGCAGUUCGUCUUCAACUCUAGGGAUCCGAUAGUAUGUGGCGUGAUCGUCGAGGCUGGCGUCGUCAGAGAGGGCACUCCGAUAUGUGUGCCUACCAAAGAGUUCCUUGAAGUGGGUAUAGUGACUAGCGUUGAGAUUAAUCACAAGCCCGUUGAAAAUGCCAGGAAGGGUAUGGAAGUGUGCAUAAAGAUCGAACCUAUUCCUGGUGAAUCCCCCAAGAUGUUCGGCAGGCAUUUCGACGAAAAAGAUAUGUUAGUUAGUAAGAUAUCUCGUCAGUCAAUCGACGCUUGUAAGGACUACUUCAGAGAUGACCUGUUGAAGUCCGACUGGGCGUUGAUGGUGGAACUCAAGAAAGUGUUCCAGAUUCUUUAAACUUUGGAUGUACUUGUAUGUCUAGUGUCCCCCUAAACUGGAAACAGAACCCUCCCAUUGUGAAUAUCGAUGUAUUCAAAAAGAUGUUUUUUUCUCGUCCGAAUCGAAUUCUGUUUCGUUUCUUGCAUUCAAUUUAAUGUUUUUAUUUCGGAUAUGGACAGUGAUUUGUUUUCGUCCCAUUGAGUUGGUAUGUGCAAAUGCAAUUUUAAGAUGUUUAACAUACUCUUGAAUUUAUUAAGCUCGAAAGAGUUGCAAUUUAUUUUUUAUUGAAGAAAUUAUGAAGUAUAUUGAUAAUAAAAAAUGAAUUGAU